UAGUCAGUUUUAAGACAAACUUGCCUCUCGCAUCGCAAAUAUGACAGGAUAUAGUAAUUGUCAGUCAUGUUCAGUGACCAAUAGCUCGUUAUAAAGAUAAACGCGCUGACACAAUCUUCACACUGUGCUGAUAUAAACGACUGUGUUGGUAUCAACAAUACUGUACUAAUUAUAAAAGCUGUAUACAGUCUUCACACCGUGCUGUUAUAAACAGAAAGUUUAAGGGCUGAAUAAUGUUGUACAAAAUGAAAGUGAAUCAGUUGACAACUGUUAUAACUCUAUCAUCUGUAAUAUUAUAUUAUAGUGUUGCAAUAGAUAUGUGCAGAGAUACAGACAACGUCGACUGUCAAUCAUGUGGUAAUACUGACUAUCCUAGAGAUGAGUUUUAUAGACAGAACUGUAUGAGGUCAUGUGAUGUUUGUACAGGUACAAACAUAGCUCUUGGCAAACCAACAGCCCAGAGUACAACAUAUUUUGAUUCCAGAUCAUCUUCAAGUAAAGCUGUAGAUGGUAGUACUGGUAAUAACUGGUCGAGUGGUCAAUGUACACAUACAAACGAAAACACUGUUGGUGGCUGGUGGUGUGUUGAUCUACAACAGAUUUAUAAGAUUGACACCAUCAAACUAUUCAACAGAGACAAAUAUGAAGACAGAUUACAAGGAUUUGAGAUUAAGAUAAGUUCUAGUGGUACAUGUAAUCAAACAGGACUUUCAUCAGCUACAUCAUGUUAUAAAGAUACACCACCAACAAUACAAGAUAUAUAUACAAUAGAUAGAUGUAAUCAACCUACAUCAACUAGUAUAUCUGCUAAAACAGUAUAUGUCACUAUUGCUUCAAGUCAACCACUUACUUUAUGUGAAGUUCAGAUAUUUUCUGAUACACUCACCAAUGUUGCUCUUCGUCAACAAUUAGUACAGCAGAGUUCUACAAGAUAUGGUGCUGUUGCUUCUAGAGCUGUAGAUGGUAAUACUAAUAGUGAUUGGUCUAAUGGAUCAUGUACUCAUACAAUAGAAGGAUAUUCUGGUUGGUGGUGUGUUGAUUUACAACAGUUGUAUUAUUUCAACCAAAUUAAAAUAUAUAACAGACAGAACACGUCGUUUUGGGGGAGAUUACAAGGAUUUGAGAUAAAGACAAGUUCUAGUGGUCAGUGUAGUGAAGAAGGACUUCAAUCAGCUACAUCAUGUUAUAAAGAUACAACAUCAACACAGUCUGUUUAUACUGUAACUGGAUGUAAUCAACCUUCAUCUACAUCAUUUUCUGGUAGAACUGCCUAUGUGAAAAGCUUUAACAACGCCCUAGUAAUGUGUGAAGUUGAAAUAUUUGCAGAUCUAGCACAAUGUAAUACUGGAUACUACAGUACAUCACGUUCUACAUGUCAACCAUGUAAUACAUGUUCUAAUAACAGAUGUGAUCCUACUACUGGUGUUUGUACUGGAGGAUGUAAAACAGGUUUUUAUGGUACAAAAUGUCAACAGAGCUGUAAUACGUGCCACGAUGACAGAUGUGAUUCUACUGAAGGCGUUUGUACUGGAGGAUGUAAAACAGGUUUUUAUGGUACCAAAUGUCAACAGAGCUGUAAUACGUGCCAUGAUGACAGCUGUGAUUCUACUACCGGCGUUUGUACUGGAGGAUGUAAAACAGGUUUUUAUGGUACAAAAUGUCAACAGAACUGUAAUACGUGCCACGAUGACAGCUGUGAUUCUACUACUGGUGUUUGUUCUGGAGGAUGUAAAACAGGUUUUUAUGGUACAAAAUGUCAACAGAACUGUAAUACGUGCCACGAUGACAGCUGUGAUUCUACUACUGGUGUUUGUUCUGGAGAUUGUAAAACUGGUUUUUAUGGUACCAAAUGUCAACAGAGCUGUAAUACAUGCCAUGAUGACAGCUGUGAUUCUACUGCCGGUGUUUGUACUGGAGAUUGUAAAACUGGUUUUUAUGGUACCAAAUGUCAACAGAACUGUAGUGAUGGCUGUUUAAAUAAUCAAUGUUCAAAAUCUGAUGGUAGAUGUAAUGACUGUAAACCUGAUACAGUUGGUCCAUACUGUAACCUAACCUGUGGUACAGAAUGUCAACCAAGAACAGACCAGACCAGUGUCACUUGUGAUAGAAAUGGUCGAUGUACUGAAUGUACUGUUGGAAGAUAUGGUGAUAGAUGUGAUACGAACUGUAAUACUGGUUGUACUGUUUGUGAUAGAGAUGAUGCCAACUCCUGUACUGAAUGUAAAGAUGGAAGAUGGGGAUCAUCAUGUAAUAAACUAUGUAAUACUAACUGUAAACCAGUAGUUUGUACAACUGUUGGUAAGUGUGAUCAGAUGACAGGGGAUUGUAUAAAUGGAUGUGUACCUGGUAAAAUAGGAUCCAACUGUACAACAGACUGUGAAGCAGGUCGUUAUGGUGACAACUGUACCAGUAAAUGUGGUAACUGUGCUGAUGAAACACCAUGUGAUGCAAUUACUGGUAGUUGUGGACUUGGCUGUGCUGAUGGCUUUCAAGGUCCAGCCUGUAAGGAGCCUCUACCUGCUUUGUCAAGUAUAACAUUAAGUCCUGUUGUAAUUGGUGUAAUCGGUGUUCUGGUCGGUGUUCUGUGUGGUAUACUAGGAUCGGUAGCUGUCUUCCUGUCAUAUCAUUUCUAUAAGAAAAGGCGUCAAUCGAAUAACAGUAAUACAGAUUUAAACCCGACUACUUCUACAACAGAUGAUACAUUAACCACCAGAUAUCAGAAUAUUCCAACUAAUACACGUAAUUUAGAAUAUGGAAACCCAACUAGUUCUACAACCGAUGAUACAUUAACCACUGUAAAUCAGAAUAUUCCAACUAAUACACGUAAUGUAGACUUUGUAAACCUAUCGUUUAAUACAGAAGACAAUACAAGAAAUAUGUAUGAUACAUUAGAGCUCACACCAGAUAACACACAGCAAAUAUACACAACUUUAGGUUCUUACAAACCCAAUUAGUAUACUGUAUAUUUUAUAUAAAAGAUACUUAAAUCAAAAACAUGAUAUAUGGAGAAACAUUUUAUUUAUGUUUCAUUCGUUCAAAAUUCUUUUAAUUCACAUUUACAUCUCUAAACCGUUUACUCUAGUAGACAAGGCUGUCAGAUAAGAAAUUAGAAUAUCAGUUGUAAAGUCACUCGAUCUCUACAAUUUGAGUGCCAUGAUGCAUUAAACAUACUUUCCCCAGAAAAGUAUUUAUCGGGUGGUUAUUUCCAAUAAAAGUAUAGCCAGUUUGGUAAAUAUGGAAAGUAAAAAUAUCCAAUCUUACUAGAAAAAUACUGGAUUCCCUUAAAAACACCCAUGGAGCGCAAACAGGACAAAAAUGUAAGGGUUUCUCUAAUCGGCAGCUCGACGAUUAGGAAUGUCUGCUCGCGUCACGUCAGAGGUAGCACGCGACGAUAGAGCUUGGUGUAUAUAUGUUGAUAAACUUGAUGAAGACUUAAACGAACAACGCUUUCUGAGAUAAAAUCCACGGGAAAAGACGUGGGCAGUGGAUAAUACGAGAAUUUAAUUAGGCUUCGAUAUUUAUGAUUUAUGGGUAGCGAUUAAAGACAACAUCGUCUUGUGUAUGCAAUGAAUUCUCCCCAACUUCGCACCCGUUGCUAGGUAGUGUGUCAGCUAAAUCACGUUACAUGAACAUGACUUUUUUUUAUUAGAUUUUUUAUAGUGGGGGUAUCCCCUCGCGAAAACAGUGUUUUGAGAAGGAUGAAAAGCAAAAUUGUUGAUAGAUUUAUUAGUUUGAAUAUGUUUUGAGUCAAAAAUACAUCAUCAAAUAACCCAGUUUAUACGCGGGAACGUAUCUUUAAAGGACUAUAAUAUUGGUGUCAGGCAUUAUCACAUAUGUGAUAGAACUGGUUAUACACUUUCCAAAUACAAUUUUAACACAGAGAUCAUUGCUACAGUAGAUGCGUAACGAAGAUUUGAAGAAACGGAAGUGACGCAAAAUUUUAUAUUACUGAUUGAGGUAACGAGCGAUAAUUUCUGGUCACUGAUAAAUUCUUCGAAGACAAAAAUUUGUUAUAUAAGAAUAAUUAACUGUUAGUAGAUAAGAGAAAACGUAGAAGUAGAAAACGAAAAAGCAUAACCAUGUAUAGAAUGAAUAAAAACACGUGAAUGUACGGGCGUUUUCUAUUUUUCUCGUUUUCUCUUAUCUUGUGUAUAGGUUUCGCGUGAUCAAUUAAGUUGUUUUCUUAUAUUAUAUAUAGUUAUAUUAUAUCUUGAUUAAGUUGUUUUCCUAUGUUAUAUAUUGUUAUAUUAUAUCUGGAUUAAGUUGUUUUCCUUCUAUUAUAUAUAGUUAUUAUAUUUGGAUUAAGUUGUUUUCUUAUAUUAUAUAUAGUUAUAUUAUAGUUGUAUUAUA